AUGGGGACAGCGCUGCUCCACCGGGAUGGCAGCUGCUGCAGCGCACGGGUCUGCUGGGAGAAAUGCCGCUGCCACGGUGUGCUGCGCGGGCUGGAGCUCCUGGUGUUGGGCAUUUCUGCGCUCUCUCACUGUAUUUCUCUUUUUGCUCUACAGGCACUAGGAAGCUUUUAUUUUCUUCAUGAAUCCUUAAAAAACAUCUACCAGUUUGACUUUAAAGCUAAGAAGUAUAAAAAGGUCACUGGCAAAGAGAUCUACUCAGACACGUUAGAGAGCACGCCCAUGCUGGAGAAAGAGAAGUUUCCGCAGGACUAUUUCCCCGAGUGCAAGUGGUCGAGAAAAGGCUUCAUCCGGACGCGAUGGUGCGUUGCUGACUGUGCCUUUGACCUGGUGAACGUCCAUCUUUUCCAUGAUGCUUCCAAUUUAGUUGCUUGGGAAACGAGUCCCUCCGUGUACUCGGGCAUCCGGCACAAGGCCCUGGGCUACGUGCUCGACAGAAUCGUUGAUCAGCGAUUCGAGAAAGUCUCCUACUUUGUCUUUGGCGAUUUCAACUUCCGACUGGAUUCCAAGUCCGUCGUAGAGACACUCUGCACAAAGGCCACCAUGCAGACAGUCCGGGCUGCUGACACCAACGAAGUUGUGAAGUUGAUUUUUCGAGAGUCAGACAAUGACCGGAAGGUUAUGCUGCAGUUGGAGAAGAAGCUCUUCGACUACUUUGACCAGGAAGUGUUCCGAGACAACAACGGCACCGCGCUCCUGGAAUUUGACAAAGAGUUAUCUGUCUUUAAGGACAGGCUGUGUGAACUGGACAUCUCGUUCCCCCCCAGCUACCCAUACAGCGAGGACUCCAGCCAGGGUGAGCAGUACAUGAACACCCGGUGCCCCGCCUGGUGUGACCGCAUCCUCAUGUCCCCAUCUGCCAAGGAGCUGGUGCUGAAGUCGGAGAGCGAGGAGAAGGUUGUCACCUACGACCACAUCGGGCCCAACGUCUGCAUGGGAGACCACAAGCCCGUGUUCCUGGCCUUCCGAAUCGCGCCUGGGGCAGGGAAGCGGUGCCAGCGAAGCGAGAGGAUCCUUCGCCAGACCGCCCUGUAGCAGUUAUUGAAACACGUACCCUUGACAGCUACGUCGGAAACCCACCCGCUAGACGGCCGGCCCCACACUUCGCUUCAGCCUCCGGACCACUCCGGAAAAGCCUCACAUACCUCACUGUCUUGUCUGUUCAUGUGACAUUAAGUAGAACUAUUGGGUUUUUUCGAAUAAGUCACAGUCCUGUUGCCAAAACUCUAAUAGACAGCAAAGAGAUUCUGUAUUUUAGAUUCCACGGUUUUUGGUUUUUGAUGAUUGUCAGUGCAGGAGCUUCUCCAGCAUAGAAACCCCACAGGUGGCCACCGUUCUCCUGCCAGGCAGAAGGGGCUGGGGGCCAAGGCGGGGGCUCCCUUGGCCGUGCCAACAGGCAGCAUGGCCACCCCAGCAUGGCGAGGACGCCGUUCACCCUGAUGCUCCCCACCCCCCCAUUUACUCUACUGCCAUGUUACAUGGUUUUUGAAUCACACGCAGCUGCUUUCCAUUUUUAUAUAUAUAAAUAUAUAUAAAUAUAUACUUAAAAAAAUAAUUUAUAAAUCUUACCAAAACUUAUGCUAAAUAUACUUUCCAGUAUGAAUGCACGGGAGUGUCAUAGCAGAUAGAAUUGGAGUCUGAGGGUUUAGUUAUGUGUAAGUCAGCACACAAAUUCAUAAAACUAGUAUGA